AUCCAAUUUUCCGGUACGUCUUUGAAAUGAGCUCCUUGCCACUAAGCUCAAGCAACUUGGUUCCUUUGUUAUAAUUUUAGUUGGUCCAACUAAUAACAAUAGAGGUAGCAAGCAAGCAUAGCAUAUAAGUAGAGGAAGAAAAAGAGCAUGAACGUAUCCAACCAAAGAAGACCAAGUUUAACAAUUUUUAAUUCCAAUUGGACCGUUUUCAAUUCUCAACAAAAUUUCUGAUUUUGAGAAGUGGGUUUCUCUCAAAAUCCUAAAUUGAAGUGUCUAUGCUGAGAAUUUGGUGUAGAAAACAAUAUUGAUCAAGUUGCUCAAGUCAACCCUUGUUUUUGUCAUGGAUAAAUUUUGUUGUUUAAAGUCUUCUUUUUCUAAGCUUGUAUCCACGCGUUCAUCAUGCAGCACUGGAAAAGGGAAAAAUCAUGAAGGAUCGAUAAAGUAUGGUUUCACCCUAGUGAAAGGGCGAGCCAAUCAUCCGAUGGAGGAUUACCACGUCGCCAAUUUUGUGCAAGUACAAGGAAAAGAAUUGGGUUUGUUUGCUAUUUACGAUGGCCAUUUGGGGGAUCAAGUGCCUUCAUACUUACAGAAAAAUCUAUUUUCCAACAUUCUAAAGGAGGGUGCAUUUUGGGAUGACCCUGCUGCAUCUAUCUCAAAAGCAUAUCUGAACACAGAUCAGGCAAUUCUUUCACAUAGUUCUGAUUUGGGGCGUGGUGGAUCAACAGCUGUUACUGCAAUAUUAAUCAAUGGUCAAAUGUUAUGGACAGCUAAUGUAGGAGAUUCACGAGCGGUUCUUUCAAGAAAAGGUCAAGCAGUGCAAUUGACUACUGAUCAUGAGCCUAACACAGAACGAGGCAUCAUUGAGAAUAAAGGUGGUUUUGUCUCCAACAUUCCAGGCGAUGUCCCUAGAGUAAAUGGACAACUGGCUGUUGCUCGUGCAUUUGGUGACAAGAGCCUAAAGUCUCAUUUGCGAUCAGACCCCGAUGUACAUAGUACUGAUGUAGAUGUUGAUAUUGACUUUCUAAUCCUUGCAAGUGAUGGACUUUGGAAGGUAAUGGCUAAUCAAGAGGCAGUUGAUAUUGCUAGAAAGGUGAAAGAUCCACUGAAAGCAGCUAAGCAAUUAACAGCUGAAGCAUUAAAAAGAGAAAGUAAAGAUGAUAUAUCUUGUGUUGUGGUUAGGUUUAGGUGAUGAUUGAUACACUUCAAAUCAGGUUUCUUGAAGAAUGAAGUUUAUAACACUAAAAUAAGGGUAUAUACAUAUCUUUACAUGGCAUGCCAAUUCAUGGACUGCAACAACACAUCGUAUACUACAUACUUGGUUGGAGUUAGUUUUGACUAAAUUCAUUUAGGUAAUUUGUUAAAGAAAAAGGAGGGUGUAUCAACUUUUUGAAUUUGUUUACUGAUUAGAUUUUGUUGGUUUGAGAUUGUUUGAUUUGAUUUCUUUAUUUCAAGUGUGAAUAUUAGGGGUCUACAUAAGAGAGAAGGCAACUAUAUGUAGAUUGAUUGAGAGAUUAUAUGCAUCUAAUUACUUGUUGGAUAACUGCUAUUGUUUUGUUUGUUGAAGAUUGGUCCCUUUCA